AUGGUCCAAUCGCGCCCAAAUUUGCCGAACUCCGGGAGGCUGGGAGAUACCGUGUCCAGUUCAGAUGAAUCCGAUCCUCUUUCAGUGACAAACACAUCUAUACCCCUUUUCCGUUUUCUCACUCAACACGAUGCCAAAUCCAUAACCCUUGAUGAUGUUUUUGUCUAUUACCAGAAGGAAAGACCAAACAGCAGAAAUCAGCAGAUCUACGACGCGCUAGGCAAGGAUUUGGAGGCUGUUCUCGAUUUAAAAUGUUUUGAAGCGGAUACAAUGCGCGCAUGGAAAAAACGGUUUCUUCGUCAAAUUCGCGGGGAGGAUGCUACUAGCAAACAGAAAGCACAUCGCAAUGUCCACUUUCACCAAAGUGCAACAAAAUACCAAAAGAGUGUUGCAGCGGUUGUCGAGACGGAAUGGGCCGAAGAGGCGACAAACAACAACAAACCCCGAAUUUUGAAGCGAGCUCGUAAAUACCUGGAAAAUGAAGCGGGUGAUGAAUUAACGGAAGAGUCAGAAUCCUCAGAGUCAGAGGCUUCAGAGUACACUCCAUCUAUGGACGACGAAUCUGAAGAGGAUGUAUUCACAAUCAAAGCAAGACACAAAAACGUUACAAUAACAAAGACGGGCAAUAUCACUAAAGAUUGUUCUAAGAGACAUAAAAAACUACGAAUUGACGAUAAGAGUAAUGAGACACUCGAAGAAAACAAAAAGAUGAUCUUCAGCCUCCCGAAAUCGAGUUUUUUUCUGUUGAAAGUACCCCUGUUGACGACGACCUUAGCACGAUCGUCCAUUCUUAAUUUUGCUGACGAAAGCAAUACAUCAUGCAUGGCUUGGAUACGGGAGAGCGGUGAAGCAACUGACAUUAUACGAAACAUGAAAAAAAUGAUAAAACAAUCGGAAUCUUUUAAUUUUCAAUUUGAUAAACGGUCGAUCGAGAUUGCUGAAAAGAUUGAACAGGCAGCUGAAUGCGAAGGCGUCCUUGCUGCACUUAUUGAAUGCAAAAACCUCAAGUAUGACCAUGAGAAUGAAGAGAUUCAUGAAGAGAUAAUUGAUAUCUAUACUCACAUGUCGGCAUCUAA